GGUGAGGAGGGGCUGUGGCUGCUGGGACUGGGUGUGACAGGAAGCAUGGGGGGCAUGUGGCUGAUGGCCAGGUCAGACCUGGGCCUAGGAGGAGAGAGGAGGGCUCGAGUGACACUGUAGACUCAGGGCUUGUGGGGAGGGUGGCGCCACAUUGUUUCUGGCUGUGGCGGUGGACAAGAGGAGGGCUGUCGUACUAGGGCUCACUGGACAGAUAACCCAAUAGGCACAUGCUGAGCGAUCAGGUGGUGCUCAGGCCAGGAAGAAGAGUGAGCGUGAGCGGGGUUAGGGUAGCAAGUGGUGGUGGGAACCAUGAGCUGGUCCGGGAAGGCAUCUCCGAGAAGGUGCCAUCUGAGCUGCACCUGGACCAGGGAGAAGGCCCCCAGAGAGAAGGCCAACCAGCCGGCGCUCAGGCAGCUGCGCCAGGGACCCACCGAUGAGGCGCAGAUGGCAGCCGCCGCUGCCCUGGCGAGGCUGGAGCAGAAGCAGCCCAGGGCGCGGGGCCCCACGUCGCAGGACUCCAUCAGGAACCAGGUGAGAAAGGAGCUUCGAGCUGAAGCCACCGUCAGCGGAAGCCUGGAGGUUCCAGGGACUAAUGUGGUUCCUGAGCCCAGAGAGGCGGGCUCGACCCACCUGGCAGUGCCUGGCGUGUACUUCACCUGCCCGCUCACUGGGGCCACCCUGAGGAAGGACCAGCGGGACGCCCGCAUCAAAGAGGCCAUUCUCUCGCACUUUGCCACCGACCCAGUGGCCGCCUCCAUCAUGAAGAUCCACACGUUCAACAAGGACCGCGACAGGGUGAAGCUGGGUGUGGACACCAUUGCCAAGUACCUGGACAACAUCCACCUGCAUCCAGAGGAGGAGAAGUACCAGAAGAUCAAGCUACAGAACAAGGUGUUCCAGGAGCGCAUUAACUGCCUGGAAGGGGCCCAUGAGUUUUUCGAGGCCAUCGGGUUCCAGAAGGUGAUGCUUCCAGUUGCCGACAAGGAGGGCCCCGAGGAGUUCUACGUGCUGAGCGAGGCGGUGCUGGCCGAGCCCCAGAGCCUCGAGAGGCACAGGGAGCAGCUGCUGGCUGCGGAGCCCGUGCGCGCCACACUGCACCGGCAGCGCCGCGUUUUCCAGCCGUCGCCCCUGGCCUCGCAGUUCGACCUGCCUGGGGACUUCUUCAACCUCACGGCAGAGGAGGUCAAGCGGGAGCAGAGGCUCAGGUCCGACGCGGUGGAGCGGCUGAGCGUGCUGCGGACCAAGGCCAUGCGGGAGAAGGAGGAGCAGCGGGAGCUGCGCAAGUACACCUACACGCUGCUGCGCGUGCGCCUGCCCGACGGCUGCCUGCUGCAGGGGACCUUCUACGCCCGGGAGCGGAUGGCGGCGGUCUACGGGUUCGUCCGCGAGGCCUUGCAGAGCGACUGGCUGCCUUUCGAGCUGCUGGCCUUGGGAGGGCAGAAGCUGUCGGAGGAUGAGAACCUGGCCUUGAACGAGUGCGGGCUGGUGCCCUCGGCCCUCCUGACCUUCUCGUGGGACAUGGCCGUGCUGGAGGACGUCAAGGCUGCGGGGGCCAAGCCCGACUCAUCCAUCCUGAAGCCCGAGCUGCUGUCAGCCAUCGAGAUGCUCUCAUGAAAUAAAAGCCGGGUUGGCCUCGGCCCCGUGUUCUGUCUCAUGCCCACCCAUCCCUGUCCCCACAGAGCCUCCAGCCACCUCUGGAAACACAUGCCCUGCGCCACGGCAUAGGAGGGGAGCAGGCUGGCUGGGGAGCCCCAUGGAGGGGGAGGGUGUGGAGAUUUUCAAGCCCCCCGGGGAGGGCCUGGGGCGGCCCUACAGCUGAGCCCUCCCUCGCCGCUGUGCAGCGGCGUCACGGAGCCCCCGGGUGUCUCCCUGGCAGGAGAGCAGGUCUGCAGCACAGCCCGGUUCCCGUGCAGCGGGCACUGCGGUUGCCAUGGGGGAUGCUGGUGACACCUUUAACUACUAAAUUAUGAAACUAAAUAAAUAGGAUGUUUGGA